CGGGCGACAGGAGGGGCGGCGGAGGCGGCGGCUGCGGUCCCGCUUUGCUGCUGCCGCUGCUGCUCUCGCUCCUCCGUCGAUCGCUCGCUCGCUGCUGGCCGUGUGCUGCUGCUGCUGCUGCUGCUGGGGCUCCCUUCUCUCUCUCUCUCUCUCUCGCUCUCUCUCUCUCUCUCGGUGGUGCAGCGCCGGGCAUGGCAGCCGCGCCGCGUCCCUCCUCGCUGCUCCGCCCGCGCCGCCGCCGCCGCCUGCUGCUCUUCCUGCCGGCCGCCUGCCCCUCGCCUUCCGUGGCGGCGGUGGCGGCUGCCCCGCCGCUGCUGCCGCUGCUGCUCCUGCUGGCCAGCGGGCCGGGCCCCUCGGCGGCGGCGGCGGCGGCGGCAGCGCGGGUCGAGCCCGGCGGCGGCGGGGGCAACAGCGGCGGCGGCGGGGCCAGCAGCCCUGGGGGAGCGCGGGCGGGCGGCGGCGGCGGGGCCAGCAGCCCGUGCCGCGAGAAGACGGUGACGGUGUCCACCCUGCCGGUGCUGCGCGAGAGCCACAUCGCUUGGGGCGGUGGCGGCGGCGGCCACAGCAACAGCCCUUCCUCCGCCGCCGCCCCGGUGUCGUCCCCCGCCGCGGCUCCUGCAGCCCCGGGCUCCGGGCCCCCCGGGGGCGGCGGCAGCGUGGUGGGAGACGCGCGCCUGCUGCUCUUCGUGCGGAGCGAGCUGCCCGGGCGCGUGGCCGUGCAGGACGACCUGGACAACACCGAGCUGCCCUUCUUCACGCUGGAGAUGUCGGGAACAGGGGCUGACAUUUCCUUGGUGCACUGGAAGCAGCAGUGGCUAGAAAACGGCACCCUCUACUUCCACGUUUCCAUGGGGAGCACCGAGCAACUCUCUCGGGUGACGCCUCCGACCCUGCAGGAGCCCUCCGAGAUCGUGGAGGAGCAGAUGCAUAUUCUUCACAUCUCCGUCAUGGGUGGCCUGAUCGCUCUGCUGCUGCUGCUGCUGGUGUUCACCGUAGCCUUGUACGCCCAACGCCGCUGGUACAAGCAGCGCAGGAUCCCACAGAAGAGCGCCAGCACGGAGGCCACUCACGAGAUCCACUACAUCCCGUCGGUGCUGCUGGGCCCCCAGGGGAGGGAGAGCUUCCGGAGCUCGCGCCUGCAGGCCCACAACUCGGUCAUCGGGAUGCCCAUCCGCGAGACGCCCAUCCUGGACGACUACGACUACGAGGAGGAGGAGAACCCCCUGCGGCCCGAGCCCGGCUGCCGGGAGGACGGGUUCGGGGCCCAGGUGACGCGGCCGCUGGACAGCAUGGGCCGGAGCGGAGAGAAGCCUGACUACGAAAAGAAAGUUGCGGAGGUGACUCAAGAAACAGUGGAGUCCCUGAUGCAGAAGUUCAAGGAGAGCUUCCGGACCAACACGCCCAUCGAGAUAGGCCAGCUGCAGCCAGCACUUCGCAGUUCGUCGGUCGGGAGGCGGAAACGCAGGAACCGUUCCCGAGGUGGGAUCGGGUUUGGCCGCGCCAAAGGCCACUCCGGCUCGGAAGCAGACGACGAAACCCAGUUGACCUUCUACACGGAGCAGUAUAGGAGUCGGCGGCGUAGCAAAGGUUCCCUGAAGAGUCCUGUGAACAAGACAGCCCUUACACUGAUAGCGGUGAGCUCCUGCAUCCUGGCCAUGGUAUGUGGCACUCAGCUGUCCUGCCCGCUGACGGUCAAGGUGACACUGCAUGUACCGGAGCACUUCAUUGCUGAUGGCAGCAGCUUUGUCGUGAGCGAAGGAAGCUACCUGGACAUCUCGGACUGGCUGAACCCUGCGAAGCUCUCCCUCUAUUACCAAAUCAAUGCCACUUCUCCUUGGGUGAGAGAUCUGUGUGGGCAGAGGACCACAGAUGCUUGUGAGCAGCUGUGUGACCAGGAAACUGGUGAGUGCAGCUGUCAUGAGGGCUACGUCCCUGACCCUGUGCAUCAACAUUUGUGUGUGCGUAAUGACUGGGGACACAGCGAAGGGCCUUGGCCCUACACAACACUCGAAAGAGGCUAUGACUUGGUAACAGGAGAACAGGCACCUGAGAAAAUACUUAGGUCCACCUACAGCCUAGGCCAAGGCCUCUGGCUUCCUGUCAGCAAGAGCUUUGUGGUCCCUCCUGUGGAACUUUCGAUAAACCCUCUUGCCAGUUGCAAGACAGACGUUCUGGUGACUGAAGAUCCAGCAGAUGUCAGGGAAGAAGCGAUGCUGUCCACCUACUUUGAGACCAUCAAUGACCUGCUGUCCUCCUUCGGACCAGUCCGUGACUGCUCACGCAACAACGGGGGCUGCACCCGCAACUUCAAGUGUGUCUCAGACCGCAAUGUGGACUCGACGGGCUGUGUGUGCCCCGAGGACUUGAGGCCCAUGAAGGAUGGCACCGGCUGCUACGACUACUCCAAGGGGAUUGACUGCUCCGAUGGCUUCAACGGUGGCUGUGAGCAGCUCUGUCUCCAGCAGAUCCUCCCUCUCCCAACAGAACCGAUGUCCAGCACCAUCCACAUGUUUUGCGGCUGUGUUGAGGAAUACAAACUGGCUCCAGAUGCUAAAUCCUGCCUCAUGCUUUCUGACAUCUGUGAGGGCCCCAAGUGCCUCAAGCCAGAUGUAAAAUUCAACGACACUCUCUUUGGGGAGAUGCUGCAUGGCUACAACAACAGAACCCAGCAUGUCAACCAGGGGCAAGUUUUCCAGAUGACUUUCAGAGAGAAUAACUUCAUCAAGGACUUUCCUCAGCUGGCUGAUGCAUUGAUGGUGAUCCCAUUACCCGUGGAGGAGCAGUGUCGGGGUGUGCUCUCGGAGCCUCUGCCCAACCUUCAGUUGCUCACUGGCGAUAUCCAAUAUGACGAAGCCAUGGGGUAUCCUAUGGUGCAACACUGGAGGGUCCGAAGCAACCUGUACAAAGUCAAGCUGAGUGCUAUUGCCCUCUCAGCAGGGUUUGCAAAUGUCCUGAAGAUCCUGAGCAAGGACAGCAGCCGCGAAGAGCUGCUCUACUUCAUCCAGCAAUAUGGCUCCCACUACAUUGCGGAGGCCCUGUAUGGCUCAGAGUUCAGCUGCACCAUCCGCUUCCCCAGCAAGAAGGUCCAGCAGCAACUCUGGUUCCAGUAUCAGAAAGAGACAACUGAACUUGGCAACAAGAAGGAGCUGAAGUCCAUGCCCUUCAUCACCUACCUCUCGGGUCUGCUGACUGCCCAGAUGUUGUCUGAUGAUCAGCUGAUCUCGGGCGUGGAGAUCCGCUGUGAAGAAAAGGGACGCUGCCCUUCCACUUGCCACCUGUGUCGGCGCCCAGGCAAAGAGCAGCUCAGCCCUACCCCGGUCCUCCUGGAAAUCAACCGUGUGGUUCCUCUGUACACGCUGAUCCAGGACAACGAAACCCGGGAGGCGUUCAAGGGGGCCCUCAUGAGCUCGUACUGGUGCUCAGGAAAAGGAGAUGUGAUUGAGGACUGGUGCCGAUGUGACCUCAACGCCUUCGAUGAGAACGGACUUCCAAAUUGCAGCCCUCUCCUGCAGCCUAUUUUGCGGGUCUCCCCCAAUGUGGAACCAUCCAGCACUGUUGUGUCCUUAGAGUGGUUGGACAUUCAGCCUGCCAUUGGAACCAAAGUCUCUGACUACAUUCUCCAUCACAAGAAGGUUGAUGAGUACACAGACACUGAUCUCUACACAGGAGAAUCCUUGAGCUUUGCUGACGACUUACUCUCUGGCCUGGGAACAGCCUGUGUGGCUGCUGGCAGGAGCCACGGGGAUGCCCCAGACACCAGCCUCUACUCGGUCAUUUUCAAAUGUCUGGAACCUGAUGGACUGUACAAAUUCACCCUCUACGCUGUGGACACCCGAGGAAGGCACUCAGAGCUGAGCACGGUCACCCUGAGAACAGCCUGCCCGCUGGUGGAUGACAGCAAGGCAGAAGAAAUAGCAGAUAAGAUCUACAACUUGUACAAUGGCUACACCAGCGGGAAGGAGCAGCAGACGGCAUACAACACCCUGAUGGAGGUCUCUGCUUCCAUGCUCUUCCGCAUCCAGCAUCAUUACAACUCCCACUAUGAGAAGUUUGGAGACUUUGUCUGGCGCAGUGAGGAUGAGCUUGGCCCCAGGUCAAGAUGCAAAGCAGCAAGAGAAGCACUGGCACAGCAUAAAAAUACACUUUUGAAUGCAGUGCUGUUGUAAGACCAUCUUCUUAUACAGUUCUUUCACAGACACAGAGUCAAAGCAUUUUUUGGCAUCUGAUUCACAACCUUACAUGAUGAGUGCUUUUUUGCAGCUUUUUAAUCUGCGCUCAUGGUUACAUCAGUAACUUGGUGAGGACUGGAGAAAGAAACAAGUCAUCUGAGAGGAUUGAACACUUUGGCAAACUUAAUAUGCUCCAAUUCUGGAAUUAUUUUUUUAAAACUAUCCCGGUUAAACUAGAAUUUGGGAGAAGUGGGAUUUGGGAAGAAGAAUCAAGGAAUGGAAUAAGGAAAAUACUUGCAUCUCUUCUGGCACCGAACAUGUGCAGAAAAGGUUUCUUUCCCCACUGUUUUGCAUCAGUUGGUCAUAUCAGCAGAAAUUAGAAUUCUAGCUUAGCAAAUAGCAACAUAAAGGUCACCCUGGCAAGGCUGGCCAUCUGCUCCACGAUUUGAAAGCUGGAUUUGUUAUGUUUUAUUUUACAAUGUCUUAUGCCCUGCUGUGGUUUUUGGUUUUACUUUAUGCUCUUGUAAUUGUAACAAUUUUUAAUUGUUCCAGCCAGUGGUGGAAGCAAAUAGAUUCUGAACUCAACAGAAGAGUUUUGAAGCCUAGAUAACCAACCUUAAUUUUUGUUCACUACAGUGGUGAUGGUUACAACUUCUUCUAUUGUAUUUAAUUUCUUUUCCUGUUAUUGUCCCCAUCACCCCCAGCUGGCAAAAGUCAAGAUAUGCUUAGGUGCUUUAGAGCAGAGCCACUUGUUCCCCAUUCAGUGUGAAAUUGUAUGACUCUCGAGGGAUCGGCACACCCUACGUUUUACACAAAGCAGGGAGGUAGGGGUGUGUGUGUGUGUGCGUGUAUAAGCUUGAACGACCCGGACUGUUUCCUUUUGUGAAAUGUUGGAGGGUAGGGUUGGGGCUUCACUUUGGAACACCUUGACUUCAAGCAGCUAGCUUCUGGCAAGGUUUAACUUAGCGAGCUUUUUCAGUAGAAACCAGCAAAAGCAGGAGCUGAAGUGACAGCCACAGCAGUCCUUUUACUGAAAGGAAGUUGAUUUCAGUAGAUUGCAUCAGGCAUGUACAUAAAGGAAAGAGUAGGAACAAGAUGGGGAAGGGGGGCGGGUGCUUUGGUGCCUGGAGUAAAUUCCCAAGAGUCUUUCCCAUCUGUGCAGCCAGAGCUAAUGACCUAAUUCCCUCUCCCUUUCUGAACGAUGCCACAACCUGUUCAAAUGUUUUCCACAAGCAUAGUGUGCAUUCAUUCCCUGUUGACACAGUGGCUUCCUCCUUAGAUGGCAAUUAAAAGAAAACAAACUCCAGGCCAUGGAGUCGGCCCCUCCUCUCUGUGUCUGCAUAUUCAUCAUGGGUGCUUCUGGGAAUGUGCACCCCACAAACAGACCCACAUGUUCCCAUUGCUCUGCAGCCUCUUCCGUGUGUGUGUGUGUGUGCGCGCGCGCGUGUGUGUGUGUGCUUGCUUGCUUGCUUGCCUCCUUUACAUUCAGCCAUCUUUGAUUUCCCAGUCAGCAGGCUGCCUCUUCCGGGGACUGUCAGGAUCUGAAAACAGAGAAUUCUCAGACCUGUUUGCCAGCGCUGGACAGCUCUGCUUUCAGAUCUGAAAAUCCAUCAGAUUAUUUCAGAUGGUGCCGUGAGGGAAAUCACUCUUCUAAUACUGAUCAGACAAAGAACAUAUUCUUAGAUUGGAGCUACAAUGUCUGUGAGGGCCAGCUCCCAUAUUCCUCCACAGGAGGGAUAGUUUUUGAUUUCUUUCAUGAAUUGAGCAGGAUACUAGCCUUAGGCAACUCCUGCUCAGAACUUUUCCCUUUGAAAUCUAUGCAGAGUUUCCAUUCCAGUGUCCUGUCUCCCAUGCUUAUUC